AGAGGGCUCUGUCAUGAAGAAUAGGUAACUUUGUCUCUGCAGCUACUGACAACGUGUCUCCAAAGAACUUAGAAUUUGUUUUUUCAUAUACUAAGUGGACAAGAAGGAUUGAAAUCUCAACUUUUGCUUUUGGACAAAAAUGCAUCUGCCUGUGUUUUUACUUGGGGGCAUUGUGGGUUUCCUGGGGAGCGGCUGGGUUCUGGUGGCCAGUGCAAAAGGAGGCUUGGGAGAAAAUCAUGUUCACUCGAGUUUUAUUUAUAGAAGACUCCGGAACCAUGAAAGACGGGAAAUACAGAGGGAGAUUCUGUCCAUCCUGGGCUUGCCACACAGACCACGGCCUUUCUCCCCUGGCAAGCAGGCAUCCUCUGCACCUCUCUUCAUGCUGGACCUAUACAACGCCAUGGCCAGUGAGGAGAACCCCGAGGAGCGGGGGUACUCGGUGAGGCCAUCCCUGGCAGGGGAGAGCAGAGGGCCGAGAACGGGGCCCACGGCCUCUGCGAGUGGGUGUCCGGGCCACACGCAGCUGUCCCGAGCAGCCCCGCUGACCACCCAGAGCCCCCCCCUCCCCAGCCUGCACGACACCAGCUUCCUGAACGACGCAGACAUGGUCAUGAGCUUGGUCAACUUAGUGGAACGAGACAAGGACUUUUCUCCCCAGCGAAGGCACUACAAGGAAUUCCGCUUCGACCUGACUCAGAUCCCGCACGGGGAGGCGGUGAGCGCUGCCGAGUUCCGGAUCUUCAAGGACAAGAGCCACGAGAGAUUUGCCAACGAAACGAUCAAGAUCAGCAUCUACCAGAUCAUCAAGGAGCACGCCAACAGGGAUGCAGAUCUGUUCCUGUUAGACACAAGAAAGGCCCAAGCUCUCGAUGUGGGUUGGCUUGUUUUUGAUAUCACUGUGACCAGCAACCACUGGAUGAUUAAUCCACAGAACAACCUGGGGCUGCAGCUCUGUGCAGAAACGGGGGAAGGGCGCAGCAUCAACGUGAAGUCGGCGGGCCUGGUGGGGAGGCACGGCCCCCAGUCGAAGCAGCCCUUCAUGGUGGCCUUCUUCAAGGCCAGCGGCGUCCUGCUCCGGUCCGUGAGAGCAGCCAGCAAGCGGAAAACCCAGAGCCGCGGUAAAGCCAGCCCUCACCAGGACGCGGCCCGGGCGGCGGGGGCCGGAGAUUAUAAUACAAGUGAACAAAAGCAAGCCUGCAAGAAGCAUGAACUCUACGUGAGCUUCCGGGACCUGGGGUGGCAGGACUGGAUCAUCGCGCCAGAGGGAUACGCGGCAUUUUAUUGUGAUGGAGAAUGUUCUUUCCCGCUCAACGCCCACAUGAACGCCACGAACCACGCCAUCGUGCAGACUCUGGUCCACCUCAUGUUUCCUGAGCAUGUGCCCAAGCCUUGCUGUGCCCCAACCAAGCUGAACGCCAUCUCAGUACUCUACUUCGAUGACAGCUCCAACGUCAUCUUGAAAAAAUACAGAAACAUGGUGGUACGUUCCUGUGGCUGCCACUAGAAUCAGAGGAUUGCAGCAGUAAUGAAAGAUCUGUAUUAGUUUAUGGCUGCAAUAAAAGCAGGCAGAGGGGAUUUCCU